GUGUGCGAGCGCGCGCGUGCGGCUGCGCGUCACGGCGGCGAGCGCACGGCGGCUGCGCGGGCCAGCGGGAAAUCAACGGCGGCUGUGCGCGUGGAGGCGUGCGGCUGUGGCGCAGGACGAGGAGAAGAGCCGGAGGAACAGCGAACGUGGAGAGCAGGAGAGGCGUGCUGCUGUCGUUCGCGCGGAGGGAGAGAGCGAGUCCGCACGGCUCUGCUCGUUGCCGUUGUGUCCUGGCUGCUGGGAUUGAAGAGAGGAAGGUGCUGCUUAUUGUUGCUGCUGCGCGUGCGGAGUGUGAGCAGAGGGGGAGAAAGAACAGAGGGCCUUGCUGUAUGUGUGCAGCGGACUGUUGCUGCUGAUUCUGCAGAGGACUGUGUGCGGCUGUGCUUGCUGCUGUUGUUGUUGGGUGUGUAGAGCCUGUCUCCGAAGAUGAGUGAGCCAACAGGCCUUGCUGAGGCUUUCGAGAAGCUAGCUAAGUUCCUCGAGGAGUCGAAAUCUGGGGCCAUCGUUCCUCGACAGGAAGUGGCUCAGAAGAUCGAACUGUCACCCAUGGACAUGAAGUUAGAGGGGACUACCAAUUAUCUGAGCUGGUCCCGGAGGGCGUUGCUGGCUGUGGAACAGAAGGAGCUUGAUGGGCACUUGUUGGGUGUUGUUGCUGAACCAGGAGACAAGACUACUGUGGAGGGAAAGAGAUGGAAGGUCAUAAACUCUGUGCUCAUUGGCUGGUUGUUGAACUCGGUAGUGCCCCCCAUUGGACGCUCUGUGGAGGGGCUAUCCACAUCCGCUGCGAUAUGGACGACUCUGUCCACUUUGUACUCAGGCAAGGGCAAUGUCAUGCUAAUUGCUCAGAUUGAGGGGAAGAUCAGUCGGCUGCAUCAAGGUGACGACAUGUCAGUGAUGGCAUAUGUGGCAGAGCUGCAGGCUCUGUGGGCAGAGCAGGAUAACUGCGACCCUCUGGAACUAUGAUGCGGCUUGCAUCGAGUCAGGGCGCAAGUGGAUUGCACGCAGGCGUGUGCUGAAACUGUUGGAGGGUCUUAGAGGUUGCUUUCAUGGCAGGAGGGCUUCCCUGUUGCACCAACCUCUUCUGCCCUCUAUUGAGGAGGCUAUUGCUGCAAUGUCUCAAGAGGAGGUGCGGCUAUCUCUUGAGCAUGCAGACAUGAAGGCUGUGCCGGCUUCGACAUUUGCUGUCACUGAGCGCAUGGAAUGGAGCGAUCCCAACAAAUGUCAUAUCUGUGGGGAGAUAGGUCACUGGAAGUGGGCCUGUCCAACUCGUGGCAGAGGCAGGGGAUACAACAGAGGGGGAACUGGCAGAGGCAGGAGUAGAGGCAGAGGUGGAUACUCAGGGACCUCAAGGGGUCAGGCUUCUAUGGGCAGAGGUGGUUACUCAGGACACUCAGGAGAUCAGAGGGCUCACAUGGCAGUGGCAGGAGACACUGGGACGUCAAAAGGCAAAGAUGCAGACAAUGCUAACUAUGGAGACUUUGCUCUCUGGGCCUCCACUGAUGAAGGAGCGACAGACGAGUCAGACGGUUGGGACUGGCACCAGGCGUAGGGGGCUCUGGUACAUGGACCAGGAGGUGCAGCCGGACUUGGUGUGUGCUGCGACCAUGGAGGACAAGGAGAAGGAGGCGAUGAUCCAUCACUGUAGGAUGGGCCAUGUAUCUUUUGAUAAGAUGAGUAGAAUCUUUCCGGAUGUUAUGUGUGGGAUAGGCAAGGGCAAGUUGACAUGUGAUGCUUGCGAAUAUGCCAAACACACACGAGCCUCAUAUGUGAGUAAGGGGCUUAGGAGCAUAUCUCCUUUUAUGCUUAUUCAUUCGGAUGUAUGGAAGAGCCCAGUUGUAUCAAUGAAUGGAAUGAAAUACUUUGUUACAUUCAUCGAUUGCUAUUCUCGUAUGACUUGGAUU